AUGCAAUUUAAGCAUCUAGUGCCGGAUAAAACCUGUUCAGCAAAACUAAAGGAUUUAUUUCUAAUUCUUAGUUCCUCGAAAACACCAUUUACUUUAUUUACAAAUAUGGAUCAUAGAAUCAAUAGAGAAGAAUUGGACGAAGAUGUAAUUUGUGUUCAGUUAACAAAUAUCGCCGUGAAAUUUUUGAAAAAUCCAUUGUUCUGUUCCAAGCUACGCCAAUAUCUGUGCUCAGAACACCGUGUCGACUGUCGAAUACCAUCUGAAUUUCCAAUUAAUGACGAUAUUGGAGUGGCAUUAGAAUUAUCAGGUGUCAAAAUAGCUGCUCAACUUGCUCAUGAUCAUGUAAAAGCAUUAUUUCAAAUGGUGAAAACUAAAAUUUACAAUAACGAAAAUACAGACAAAAACAUGAUAUAUUGGUCGAACAAUAUUUAUUCAGAUUCAGCUAUUGAUACCAUUCGGAAAAUAUUCGAUAAUCACAAUGUAUUUACUAUUUGGGAAAAGACAGAUGUAUUAUCUGGCUAUUACGUCGUACAUUAUUUUGGUCCAGAUCAUCCAUUUCAUGUAUCAGAAAGAAGCAUUGAUCAGAUAAUCUAUAAUGAAAUAGUCUACGUAAAAGAUAUGAUAGUAAGCAAUCUUGACAGUAUGCACGCGAAUUUUCGAAAUGAACUGGAUCAAUUUAUAAAUCAAAGAAAACAGGAGCAGCAAAACUUGCAAACUUUGGCCAUUAUCUAUUGCGAAUAUUGGUUACAAACAGAGUUAAAAUUCAGUUUCUUUGGGCAAAAACGUUUGGUAAACAAUGCACGGAAACAAUUACAGUAUCUAUUAAACAAACACGAGAUGAAAACGAUCAACAUCGAACUGGAUUCUACACAACGAGAAUAUCUAUUGGAGAAUUGUAUUCUUCAAUUGAACAGUAUUGAAUUGGAACAUAGAAAUGAUAAUGUCAAAAUCCAAAUACGUGAAAAUGUAUAUUAUGCACCGCAAUAUUUGACAUCAAAAAUUAAAAAGAUGAUCAACGCGUUGAUUUUUCACACAGCAACUAUUAGUUUUCAAUGCAUUGAAAAUGCUUGUACGGUGACAACAAGCGAACAGCUGGACCUAGAACAAAUCACUCGAAAACAUAAUUGUCAAAUGGAUAGAAUUGAUUUACAGUCUACAAAUGAACUCAUCCAACUACCUAAGGCUAGGACAAUAUCUACAAUAAAAUCGACAUCACCAUCGAUUAUUCAAGAAUCAAAUCAAUUUAUUACUAAACUGAUGACGUUAAAUAGAAUUGUGACAUCGUCUUGCGGAAUAGAAAUUCAUAAAACACAGGAUUCAAUAGAAAAAAACGCGGAUAUCACUAUUAUUUCAGAAAUUACUGCAGCUAGUAAAGAGCAAAUAGCACUCGAUCGUGAUAAUGUGCAUUCUGAAACAAAUACUCAUAGCAACAUACUAGUUGUUCCAUGGAUGCCUCCUGCAGUCGAAUUCGAUAGUAUUCAGUCGGACAACAUUCUUGAAAAUUCCAUAACAAAAUUCAUUUCAACUUGCUUAACGCAAAUUGCCAGUCUACCUACGAAUGACGUCAAAAGAAUCGCACUUUCUACGGAAGCAUGGGGAAAUUAUUCAAAUAAGAAGCAACUGGCCGAAAAGAUGAUUUCUGCAUUGAGAUUUCAACUUGAAACCGAAACAUUUUACAAUCGUCAUUGGACAUUUUUAUUUUUUUUCAAUGAAAAACAAUCCGAUAUGUUUGAUUUCUUCACGCAAGCCAUUUCAUCAAUGCAACAUGAGACGGGUGUCUAUAAGAAAUUUUAUUGUCCGAUAUCAACGAUCACCAUAACCUUGAAAACAUCACGAAAUGUUAAUAUUAACAAAUGUCAAAAUGCAAUUAAUGACUAUUUUCGAAAGCACAUCAUCACAAAAACGGAAGUUAAUGAUGCAUUUAAUUCAGAAAUUUGGAAUCAGCACAUGAUUAAUGUCUUUUAUAAAUAUUGCAUAGAAAAAUCCGUCUUUCCGAAGAUUUAUUCUAUUGAUGAAAAAAAUGGAGCACAACGAUUAGAGUUGUUGGGUUUAGCAGCUGCUGUUAGUGAAAUGAAACAAAGGUAUAAACUCAUACAGGAAAUUACCAAGCAGAAGGCUUCAGUAUCAAGUUGUGCACACGAACAAAUACAAACAACCAAGUCUCAUCAACUAAAACUGGACAUUUCAUCGAAUGGAUAUAAUAUUUUAAUAUUAAGUUCGUCGAAAGAUGAAGUAUUAUCCAAUCGUCUUGGUGCUCGCCUCAUUGAUGAAGGUUAUUUAGUUUAUGUUUAUAAUUGUGAUGAAUCAUCGUCGACGAUCAUGCCGCAAUUUGAAAAUAUGGAUUUGAUUCUCAUCUAUUUUAGUCGAAAUUGUUUGGAAGAUGAGAAUUGCAUGGCGCACAUUAAACUGGCAAAAACUUCUGAGAAGAAAAUCAUACCGAUUAUAUCGGCACAAAGCUUGGUAGAACAAACCAAGUGUUGGCUCGAUUCUGUGACUACAGUAGAUUUAUAUUAUGAAUUAUUUAGAGAAGAAAUCCAUUUCAAGUUAGAUGAAAAUUUUGGCUUCGACUAUGAUAAAUUGUUAGUCGAACUGCUUCACUAUACAAAACCUGGUAUAGUUGGACAAACGUAUUCAAUGCCAACGAUCGAUUCAAAGAAAGAUCAUCAAUCCGAAGAAAUAUCGAAUCAACAAAAUUUAGAACCACAAAUGGCCCCCGAACAAAGACGUCUACGAGAAGAAAUCUAUGAAGAAACUAUUAAAACUAUAAGAGAUCGGGAUGCUAUUCCAGCUGAUGAAGUAGCUUACUUAAUGGAGAGUUUAGCACUCAUUAUUGAAUCCUGCAAAAGUGGUGAAUUACUCGAUGGUGAAGAACAGAAAGCAAAAACACGACGUAAUUUGAACGAUCUAUGCUUAUGCAUAAAACGUUGGAUGCAGAAAGCAUCAAAUGGAGUUGUAAUUAAAGGUAACAUGCCGCCAUUUACUCUUACAGGCGAUUUCAACGAUGCGCCAUAUCCAAUAUUACUAUUAAACAAACCCUCAUGGUGGUCAACCAGUAAAGAAUAUCUAGACUUUGAUCAUUCAUCACCAAACAUUUAUUUUCACUAUCCACAAACGUACAUUGGUUCAUGGUUCAGUCAAAACGAAGCGCAUGACUAUUGUCAGACAUUGACUAAUAGAGACAUUCUAAUUCGAAAUGAGAGACUGCUACAACGUCACAUGCGAGAAAAAGUACCUGAAAAUAACGAACAUAUUCGAGCGAUAAAGCCAAGUCAUAAGUCGAGAGGAAAAAUUUCAAAUGUUGUACAUGUUUCGAAGUUUACAACUGAAUUCAAGGAAGGCCACAUUGCGUGGGACAUCACUGAAGACGUUCUCAUAGUGAAAGAAUACGAAAAAAGACGAACGAAAGUCGCAAGCAAAAAAAAUAAUAGUUAUCUCACGGUCUGGGAGCGUUUAGUCGAAAGAUCAGUGGAACUGUUAUCGGAUAUAAAAGAUGGCAGAAUUGAUUUAAAUUCUGACGUUUUACAAGGCAAAAUUGGAAGUGAACUGAGAACAGAAGAAGAUAUGCAGAAACUUCAUGUGUUAGAUAAUCCGAAUAAUAAACGUUGGAUCAUUAAACGACCUCGUCGAUGUACACUUGCAUUCCUUCAAGCUAAAAUACAAAAUACAAUUGACUUCAACAGAUUACGUGAAACAUCCGGAUAUAUGUAA